AUGAAAAUCUUAAUCACUGGUGCCGGCGGUUUUGUUGGACAACACCUAGCCAGAGAGCUCCUCAAAAAUCCAGAGAACAAACUGAUUCUGACCGACAUAGCGGAUUUCUCUACCCCGCAUUCGUCAAAUCAUCCCGAAAACGCAAUAUGCAUCCAAGCAGAUCUAGUCAAAGAGCCACAAGCUGUUCUCAUUGAGAAAGUGGAUGCUGUAUACAUUCUCCAUGGAAUCAUGUCGUCUGGCGCAGAGGCAAACCUUGAUUUGGGCUUAAGAGUGAAUGUCGAUGCAACACGCCACUUACUGGACUGCAUCAGGAAGAAAGGAUGGCAUACUCGGGUAAUUUAUGGCUCUAGUAUUGCUGUAUACGGCCGGCCUUUGCCUCAAAAAAUCACGGAAGAUGUGUAUCCCACUCCCGAGGGGUCAUAUGGAAGCGAAAAGGUGAUAUGCGAAACGCUCAUCAACGACUACACCAGACGAGGGUAUAUUGAUGGGUUUGCGAUUCGCUUACCUGGAGUGGUUAUUCGGCCAGGACCGCCUGCGCAAGCCGCGAGCAGCUUUCUCAGCGGAAUUAUCAGGGAGCCACUGGCAGGGAAGAAAUGCAUUGUGCCGACGAAGGAUCGAUCGAAGGCGUUCUGGGUCUGUUCCAUUAAUGAUAUAGUAUCAAAUUUGGUUUGUAUUCUUGGUUUGGCUGGUAAUGCGUUGCCUUUGCAUAGGCGAGUGUUAAAUGCGCCAGGAAUCCUGGUUACGAUUCAAGAGAUGACAGAAACUCUGGCAAAGGUCGCUGGUCGAGAAAAGUUGGACUUAAUAGAGGAGGUGGAGGAUUCCAACUUCGCGGACUUGGUUCAAUCGUGGCCCUGCAACUUUGAUGUCUCCUUGGCUUUCAGUCUCGGCCUCUCGACGAGGGAGAGCUUUGGGAAAGCAGUGGAAGAAUAUGUACGACGACUCUGA